GCCCGGGCUGCUAACCCGGAGCGGUGACCUUGAGGGUGGAGUUCGAUGUUUCCUUCUUCUGGGUGGACUAGGCUCCACCCUUUCCUCCUGCUCAGAGCCAAGAUGCGGGUGUGCUGGUUGGUGAGACAGGACAGCCAGCACCAACGAAUCAAACUUCCCCAUUUGGAAGCUGUUGUGAUUGGUCGAAGCCCAGAGACUAAGAUCAUAGAUAAGAAAUGUUCCCGACAGCAAGUACAGUUGAAAGCAGAGUGUAACAAGGGAUAUGUCAAAGUUAAGCAGAUGGGGGUCAAUCCCACCAGCAUUGACUCGGUCAUCAUUGGGAAGGACCAAGAGAUGAAGCUGCUGCCUGGUCAGGUUCUUCACAUGGUGAAUGAACUUUAUCCAUACACUGUAGAGUUUGAGGAAGUGGCAGAGAGCCCUAACCCAACACAAAGGAAGAGAAAGAGAUCAGACUGUGAUAGUGAGGAGAUGGAAGCUAAGUCUGGGACAGGGCUGGCACCUGGGAGCAGCCCCAGCCAGUGCUCUGUGCCCCCUAAGAAGGGCAAGGAUGGAACCACCAAAGAGGAAUCACUGGGCCACUGGAGUCAAGGCUUGAAGUUGUCUAUGAAAGACCCCAAAGUGCAG